AUGUGCAAUCAAAGAACUGUUGAAAAGAAAGUUACUAAGGAUCAUAAAAGUGUAAAUCUAAAAAAUUAUCAGCAACUAACCGAUACAGGAUGCAAUUACGUAAUAAAAUCAAUUUCAAAGCCAAAAAUAAUUGCUAAACGACUUAAUAAAAUUGGUGGAAUAAUUCGUAAAGAUAAUUAUUGGUACUUAACUGAAUAUGCGUUUGGCUACAAUAUAUUUGAAUAUAAUUCGACUGAAGAUUUACGAAUGUCACAACCAAAUCGAAUAUAUCAAUUAGAUGGUACUCAUUAUGACGGUAUUGAUAAUACGGUUCCUUUAUAUAUGAAAUCCGGGUCAUUGGUUGAUUUUGAAAGCUCAUCAGAAGAUAAAUUAUGGCUGUUGCAUCGUUCAAUUGAUGAUUAUCAAUAUCCAUAUUUUGAAGCGAUAUCUAUCGACUGCCAAAGUUUAAUUGAAGAAAGACAUUUAAAAUUAAAAAAAUUAAAAAACUUAAAAAAUUUGAUAAACUCAUUCGUUGCGUGCAAUCAUCUUUAUAUAAUUACUGUUGAAAACAAUAUGAAUGUUAUAAGAAAUUUCUAUGAUUUAAAUAAUAAUAAAUAUAUAAAUGAUAAUAAAGUAAUAGGAAAAUGGAAAAGAAAUUCAUUAAAUUAUCAUCCAUUAAGUAUACAAUUCGAUAGUUUUAGCAAAACAAUUAAUAUUUUUGAUAACGGUUUUAUAUAUUCGAUAAAUACUUUUAUUAAUUAA